AUGGCGGCUGUGGAGUCUUGCUACGAAAAAUACACUUAUGGAGACCACUAUCUCCAGAACGUCUACGUUCAUAUACCACCUUCUCCGGCUCCAGUCGAGUCUGGGUUCUGGAUAGUGUAUAUACACGGAGGCGCAUGGCGUGAUCCAGACAUUCUGGCACCCUCGUUCAAGGCCACGCAGGAUAACUUGCUGGCCGGAAGCAAUACUGAGGUCACUCGCAGCAUAGCUGGCAUUGCGUCCAUCGACUAUCGCCUGUCGCCUCAUCCGAACUUCCCUCAGGAUGCUGGUUCGGUUGAUGCGCGCGAGUACAGAAACGCUAAACGUCCAGAGCAUAUCACUGAUGUUCAAAAGGCGCUGGCUCUGCUGCAGGAGAAGUAUGCGUUUGGCGAACGGUAUGUUCUCAUCGGGCAUAGCUGUGGAGGCACGAUGUCCUUCCAGGUGGUGAUGGAUCGUGUGCUGCGUGCAGAGGAGGUCGUGAGGCCGGUGGCGAUCGUAUGCGUGGCGGGUGUCACUCACAUGCCUUUGCUGGUAGAGACGAUGGCCCAUGUGCCUGCAUACCGGGAGUUUAUUGCCGAUGCAUUUGGUGGUGAAGAUACCUGGCGUCUGGCCUCGCCUGCUAUGGAUGUCACGGCCGGCGGUGUAGUGGACAGCUGGAAGAACGGCCGCCUGGCAGUUGUGGCGAGAUCGGUCAACGACGAGGCACUGCCUGGAAACCAGCUGGCGCCGAUGAAGGAGGCUCUGGCCCCCUGGGCUGCUGCUGCAGAAGCCGGAAAGGAGAGAAGGGUGAAGAUUAUCGAGGAUAUGGUCGAUACUCAUGAUGGGAUGUGGACGAGCGGGAAGGAGGUUGCAGCCGUCAUUUCCACCGCUAUCAAGGAACUGCAGGAUAUGAAGUUGUAG